CGGGCGGCGGCGGCGAGGCCCGGGCGCGGGCGGUCCCCGCGCGCUCUGCCCAUGGCCCCGAGCGGGCCGCGGCGGCGGCGGCGCUGAGCGGCCCCGGGGCGCGGGGCCCGGGCGCCCGGGGCGAGAUGAGCGGCCCGCUGGAGCAGAAGGAGCAGCAGGAGCGGCUGCGCGAGGCCGCGGCCUUGGGGGACAUCCGGGAGGUGCAGAAGCUGGUGGAGAGCGGGGUGGACGUGAACUCGCAGAAUGAGGUCAACGGCUGGACCUGUUUGCACUGGGCGUGCAAGCGCAACCACGGCCAGGUGGUCUCUUACCUGUUAAAGUCGGGGGCAGACAAAGACAUCCUCACCACCAAAGGAGAGAUGCCCGUCCAGUUGACAUCAAGGAGAGAAAUCAGGAAGAUCAUGGGAGUGGAAGAGGAGGAUGACGGAGAUAACCUGCCCCAGCUGAAGAAGGAGUCAGACCUGCCCUUUGUUCCCAACUACCUGGCCAACCCGGCCUUCCCUUUCAUCUACACCCCCUCGGCAGAGGAAGCAGCCCCGCUGCAGAAUGGGGGCCCCUCCUCCCCCCCGGCCUCACCCCCGGCGGACGACUCCCCUCCAGUGCUCUCCCCUGGGGACCCUCCCCUGCUCGGGGCCUUUCCCCGUGACCGCACCGCUCUGGCUCUGGUUCAGAACGGGGAUGUGCCUGCCUCCUCCGCCAUCCUCAGAACACCCGAAAGCACAAAACCCGGCCCUGUCUGUCAGCCCCCUGUGAGUCAGAACCGCGCGCUCUUCUCCGGCGCCUCCAAGCCGCCCGUGUCCCUGGAGCCCCAGAACGGGCCACAGGCAGGAGCAGCACCAGCCUUCCAGCCGUUUUUCUUCACUGGAGCAUUCCCGUUUAAUAUGCAAGAGCUCGUCCUUAAGGUGAGGAUUCAGAACCCAUCUCUUCGAGAAAACGAUUUCAUUGAAAUUGAACUGGACCGACAGGAGCUCACCUACCAACAGUUGCUCAGAGUGAGUUGCUGUGAGCUGGGUGUCCAUCCCGAUCAAGUGGAGAAGAUCCGAAAGUUGCCCAAUACACUCGUGAGAAAGGACAAAGAUGUUGCUCGACUUCAAGAUUUCCAAGAGCUGGAACUGGUUCUGUUGAUCAGUGAGAAUAAUUUUCUGUUCAGGAACGCUGCGUCCUCUCUGACAGAUCGGCCUUGCUACAACAAGAGAGCUUCAAAACUGACUUACUAAUGCAGCAGGGACUUCUUCACUGAGUAGCGUGACAGUUUUGCGUCACCUCUGGGCCAAGGACAAGCCAUUGUCCCGGGGGGCCCCUGGUGCCCCUGUGCAGUCCACACUAACUAAAUCACUCUGCCUAGGUAGGGCGCCCCGACCCCGGCAGCGGUGCCAUUCUUCCAGGCCUCUUGGUGCACAAUAAACCUAUUGCUUGAAGCUGCGAGCAGCGGAGAAGUGGUGUGGAGAGGCAGCCGCGGCCGGCUCUUGACUCAGUGUGUUUUAUGCGCCGAGUGUAAGAGUUGUCUGAGCAGAAGCCGAGAGAGAGCAGAGCCUAUUUCUAGCCACUCCUGUUGGCGACAGCGCACCUGAAGGGCCAGGGUGCGCGUCUCUCUCGGCGGUUCCUGCUCACACCUCUCCUGCAACGCGAACCAAGUAGGGAGGAAAGUCUGGGCAAGCACAGGUACCAUACCGGCCGGACAAAUUUUAGCGUGACUUGUGACUGUGAGGUUUCCUAUUAACACAUUUAUAAAUGUUAACUCAGGUUAAAAAUAUUUAAGAUUUCAGAUACCUUAUACCAGAUCAUUGUACAUAGGCUGUUAACCAAAAGAGCUCCCCCUCCCCCUCCCCUCCAUCCCCCCUCUCCGUGUUUUCUUUGUGAACACACCAGUGCUUCUGAGAAUCCCCCCGCGCCCGCUCCAACAGCCGGCCCGGCACUGAGCCCUCGCUGCCACCAGAGGGCGCCCUGCGCCUCCCCAACGCCGAGCCCCUUGCUCGGGAGCGCGCUCGGCCAAGAGCACAAACGUCCUCGCCUGUCCACCGUCUGCGCUCUCGUCUUCCAGUGGAGACAGUAAGCAAUUUUUGAGGCCGCCUCUGUGGCUCUUUUAAAGGAAGGUUAGAGUGAGAAACCGAGAAGAGUUAGCAUCUUUAUUUUUGUAUCAAAGAUAAAGGUUAUUUUGAAAUGAUUAGAAUUUUUACACAACUCCGCCGUUGCAAGCAAAUGGUCCGAUCGCUGGGAUUCCCCCUACCCCACCCUCCCUCCCUGACCCACUUAGCAGAGUCAGUGGCAAAGGGGGGGAAGGGGGUCCAGCAGGCUUUGUUCUGGAAAGGCAGACACUGGAUCAAACUCCUGAGCAUGGCCCUGUAGGUUCUUUAAAGAAUGACUUCAAGGUCUGUGUUUCCUCUCCUCCGUUGUCACUAAUAUGGAAGGCCACUGAGCUUCGGGAACGAGGACGCACACACGUAGACAAACCCGGGCGCAGGGCUCGGCGCCUCCCUGCUGUCUGGUGCAGCUCCCCCCCCCCACCCCAGAGUGCCUCGAUUUUCCAAAGAAACUGACCCCCCCACACACACCUGUGUUAACUCCUGGAGCACCUGGACCCAGGGAGAGCGCCGAAGGUCGGUGGCAAGAGGAGGUGGCCAGAGGAGGUCGCACUAAGACCACAGCCCCCCACCGACGUCAGAGCGGUGUUCAAGGCCACCCUCAGGGCAGCCCCCAGUUCCUGGUGUGACUCACCUUUGUCCAGUGUCCGCCUCGAAGAGCCAAGGUCACUUACUGCCCCUUCCCUGAAGUGCUUUCAGGAAGAAACCUUUGUGUUUCAAGCAAUCAGACGGUUCUCUUGUCUAGCUAGACACGAUACCCCUUUUAAAUUUUCUUUGCUUGGGAAAAAAAAAGUUUUGCAGUGUGCACUGAUCAAUGAAGGCCGGUUUUUAUCCUGGAGGAAAUCAAUGCAGUAUAAAUUCACGUUUGAAUCACUGGGGUUACAGCUCUCUCAGCCAUUCAGCUCAGUUAGAUUCUCAGAAGCAACAGCUGCGGGCCAGGGCAUUCCGUGCAGGGGGGCUUGACCCCCCCACCCCCCAGGUCUGCGCUCUCCAAAGCCCUCUGUAACCCCCAGAUUCCUGUGCACGGAGGGGGGUUAAGACGGCACAGUGGCUGGUCGGUGAUUUCAAGUCUUAAUCUAUGCAUUCAGAGAAAUAUUUUUAUAUGGCUUUGUGUAAUUUAUAACACAGCUUUUUUUUAGCUCUGUGAACUGUGACGUCGCCCCUCCCCCCACGCAUAUUUAAAGCAUGUGUUCACAUUGUGUGUAAACAUUCAUGGGAGCGCCCUCCCUGUGCAUUGCUGACUGUUCAAACAUCACACAGAUUAUUAAAAUCAAAUAUUAACCGACUGAG